CUCAUUUAGAUAUUUAAGAUAUAACUAUCGUCGUGUUAGGCAUUCUCUAAAUUACCUUUCAGAUAGCUAACAUGGAAAAAACUGCUGUGCUCGUUUUAGUAGUGGCAAUAACAAUGAUUAAUCAGUAUAAAGGCGAACCGAACUUUGCAUGUACCAGACGAGAUGGAUAUUGUUCCGAUUCUGAUAGAUGUCCAUCAUUAGGAGGUUAUGUGGAAAAACUAGCUGUUAGGUGCAAGUGUGGUGAUGCAUGUUGCAAAUGUACAGACACAUGUCCUAAUGGUUCUUCAUGUAUGGGUAAAGGUGAAACCUGUAAUGGAAUGAAAGAUCCAAACGGAUGUUGUGGCACCAGGUUUUGUUGUACACCUAUGACAACGACACCUGAACCAACGACACCUAUAAUGACAACGACACCGGAACCAUGUGUACAAGACUGUACAGGUGAGUGUAUGGACCAGUGCACAGAGUCCGAAAUAGAGGUCGCUAUUGCUCAGUGCUGCGGAUCGAAAUGUUGUAGAAUACCUUUUCGCUAACCUAACUUUGAAGCUGACAGAAGACAACAUUUUGUGUAAAGAUAUA